AUUUCAUAGUUUCCAGACUAUAGCGUAUUUUGCAGGAACAGAAGAGGAAGAAGAAAGUGAAAGGAAGAAUGGAUAAUAUGCAGGCGGUGAACAAAUUUGUGGCGGCGUACCUGAAGAAGAAAGGAUUCAAAGACGAACAGUUUCUGGAGGAUCUUCAAAACAAGGAUUCGACUCCUAUUGAUAUCCAGAACGAUCCUGACAUCGCCAAGUUCAUUCAACACUUCUCCCGAUCAGAUGAUGAUCCGUCGAGAUACCAUGAAGGGUAUAGCAAACUGAGGUCGUGGACUUAUAGUUCACUAGAUUUGUACAAGCAUGAGUUGCUCCGUGUGCUUUAUCCAGUCUUUAUCCAUUCUUUCAUGGACCUAGUGGCAAAGGGACAUGUCCAAGAGGCUAGAACAUUUUUUAAUACCUUCCGUGAGGAUCAUGAAAUGAUUCACUUACGUGACCUUCAAAAGUUGGAAGGGGUUGUUUCUCAGUCACAUUUAGAGGAGAUGGAAUUUGCUCGAUCUCUUAGGCAAAGUAAAGUCAACAUUAAGAUAUGCCAGUACUCCUAUGACCUUCUACUUCAGUAUUUGCACAAGAUGCAGUCCACUGCCAUGCUUGGGGUUAUCAAUGAACAUAUUAACUUUCAAGUCACUCCUGGACAGCCCUGCUCAAUUUCUGAUGAUGCAGAGGUUGUAUCACUUAUUGGCAAUUGCCAGGAUAUUGCUAAUCAGAUAAAUCAGAAAGAAAUACAUUGCGGGUUGCUUGAAGACUCGUUAGAAGAACGCUUGGAAAAGUCUGGUGGGCUGCUUUCAGAUUCUGAAAAAACAGAAGGAGAAGCCAAGGAGGGGGACGUUGAUGAGACAAAGAAAAGAUCAGUAGAAAGUGGAAAGCAAGGUGCUUCAACCAAGAAGUUGAAAAAGGACAAAGCUGUUAAUGCUACAGCUAAAGCUGCACGUCCUGAACCUACCACUGCAUCAGCUGCACCACGAGUCAAACCAGAGCUUCCUUUGCCCGUAAUGCCAACUGAGGUUGAACAGUCUAUUCUUGAGGAUUUGAGGACCCGUGUGCAGUUGAGCAGUGCUGCACUUCCUUCAGUCAGCUUUUAUACCUUUGUCAACACUCAUAAUGGUUUAAACUGUUCAUCAAUAUCCCAUGAUGGAUCUUUGGUUGCUGGUGGAUUCUCAGACUCAUCACUGAAGGUCUGGGAUAUGGCAAAGCUUGGGCAGCAAACUGCUAGUUCUGUUUUGCAGAAUGAAAAUGAUUCUUCUACAAGUGAACAUGUUAUGAGUCCAAAUGGUGUCAAAAGAUCAUAUACAUUAUUUCAGGGACAUUCUGGACCAGUUUAUUCAGCCUCAUUCAGUCCUCUUGGAGAUUUUAUUCUUUCCUCUUCAGCGGACACAACAAUUCGAUUAUGGAGCACAAAACUAAAUGCAAAUCUUGUAUGCUACAAGGGUCACAAUUAUCCUGUAUGGGAUGUUCAGUUUAGUCCUGUAGGACAUUAUUUUGCCAGCUCAUCACAUGACCGAACAGCAAGGAUAUGGUCCAUGGAUAGAAUUCAGCCAUUGAGGAUAAUGGCAGGCCACUUGUCUGACGUAGAUUGUGUCCAAUGGCAUGCCAACUGCAACUACAUUGCCACUGGCUCUAGUGACAAAACUGUUAGAUUGUGGGAUGUACAGAGUGGAGACUGUGUUAGGAUUUUCAUUGGUCAUAGGAGCACGAUAUUGUCAUUGGCAAUGUCACCAGAUGGUCGAUAUAUGGCAUCUGGUGAUGAAGAUGGAAUGAUCAUGAUGUGGGACCUUUCAAGUGGUCGCUCCAUUACACCUUUGAUUGGUCACACCUCUUGUGUCUGGACUCUUGCUUACAGCUGUGAAGGUUCACUUCUUGCAUCUGGAUCUGCUGAUUGCACUGUUAAAUUAUGGGAUGUGACUACCAGCACGAAGCUGCCAAGGAGUGAAGAAAAAAGUGGAAAUCCAAACAGACUGAGAUCAUUGAAAACUUUGCCAACCAAGUCAACUCCAGUAUACAGUCUCCGGUUUUCAAGAAGGAAUCUAUUAUUUGCUGCUGGUGCACUGUCUAAAAACUUGUAAAAUGUCUACAGCAAAUCAUCAAGAAGUGAAGGUUUAGAGUCUUCAGGCUGACUUUUGUAACCGACGUGCUAGCCUCUUAACGUUUGUCUAAUUGUUGUGAAGUAAGAAUAUCUCUGAAGUUAUUUUAUUGGCCAUUUUACUCUUAACAAACAUUUUUUACUUGGAUGCUUCUUUAUUACCAUCUUUCUAUAUAUUGUGUGUUUAUUCCCACGGAAUCCGGAACCUGCGUGUGCAGGCAUUUGGUAGAUUACUUAACAAAAUAUGCAGAUUGUG